GCCGUGGGCCAACGCAUUUGGCAGCGGGACUUUCCAGGGAUCUACAUCACCAUCGCCGCCUUCCAGUGGUCAGAGAACAUCCUCCCAGUCAUGGAGGCUCUUCGAGUUGGAGACUCUUCCCAUUAUGGACGUUCAGAGGACCGGGUCCAUGGUUCGGCCCCCGAGCCCCAUGGAUAGCCUGGAGAAGCAGCUGAGCUGCCCCAUCUGCCUGGACAUGUUCACCAAACCCGUGGUCAUCCUGCCCUGCCAGCACAACCUGUGCCGUGGCUGUGCCAGCGACCUCUACGACUCCCGCAACCCGUACCGCUACUCCGGCGGCGUCUUUCGCUGUCCCACCUGCCGCUUCGAGGUCGUGCUCGACCGCCACGGCGUGCACGGGCUCCAGCGCAACCUGCUGGUAGAAAACAUUAUCGACCUCUAUAAGCAGCAGCAAGAAGGCAGCGGCAGUGGCGGAGGCACAGAAACCACCCUGAAGCCCAAAGAAUCCAAGGAGCCGAUGUGCCAAGAGCACGAGGAUGAGAAGAUCAACAUCUACUGCAUGACGUGUCAGGUACCAACCUGCUCCAUGUGCAAAGUGUUCGGCCAGCACAAGGACUGUGAGGUGUCGCCGCUGGCAAGUGUUUACCAGGCCCAGAAGGGUGAUCUGAGCAACGCCAUCGACACCCUGGUGGCCGGCAACGGCCGCCUGCAGGCCCUGCUCAACCAGAUGGAAGACUCCUGCCGUUCCGUCCAGGACAACGCUCAGCGCGCCAAGCAGGGGCUGGCCGAGCGCUUUGACCUGCUGUACGCCGUUCUGGAAGAGCGCAAGACAGUCCUGCUGGAGCAGAUAGGCAAAGAGCAAGACGAGAAGGUGGCGGCGCUGCGAGCGCUGGCCCAGCGCUACGGCGAGCGGCUGCUGACCAGCUCGGAGCUCACAGACACGGCCGUGAGGGCCCUGGAGCAGGGCUGCGCCGCUCAAUUUCUGUUGGCCUCAAAGGGCCUCAUCACGCAGACCAAGGACGCAGCCAAAGGCUCGCUGGGGGAAGAGAGGCCGGAGCCGGGCUUCGAGAAGAUGGACCACUUCUCUUUGUCGACGGAACACGUAGAGGCAGUCCUGGCAAAAAUGGACUUCGGAGCGUGUGAUGACGAUGAUUUUGAGGAUGCGGAGGAGGAGGAGUAAUGAAAAUGGAAGUGGUUAUGGACUUGUAGGAAAUAAUGUAAUGUUUGUGGCAGGGACUGCGGUUGAUGAAAUACAAGGUUACGGUAGAUGUAAUGGCUCGCCCAUACUUCCAGUGCAAUAUUUAAUGUCAAUGUCGUAUUCAUACUUUUUCUUAACUACUUUUUAUACUUUUGUACUUCUAAGCCAGUUCAAUGGAGCAAAUAACUGCAAUAAACGUAACACUAGCUCACCUGAAGAUUGAUUACACGUCAAUAGCUGUUUGUGUUCUCACUUUGUCCCAGUUUGUGAUCAGCUGCACUUCUGUUAUCACCAAAAACCUGUCUCUGAUGGAUUGUGGAAUAAAUCUGCAUGAAGUUAAGCUCCCAUUUUCUUUAUUGGCCAUCUAAUAUAUGGAGCGUCCUUGGACUGCUUCCAUCCCAAAUGUUUCCCAGACUGCUGCUGCUCUUACUUGGCUGUAUUAAAAAUAAAAGCCCUUGCCUCGUCCUGUCUGCUUUGCCUUUGCUGGUGAAAAGUGGGGGGCUAUUUUUAAGAGGUGAGAGACGAUAGCGACCCUGGAAUAGACUCUGGGACCGACAGGCCAGGUCCUGUUUCUCCUCCAUAAAGCGCCCAUCCUCCCACUAAUGGACGUCUUGCUCAGCAGCUCGGAGUCAGAAGGGCACGCGAUAGAAAGGCCGGUCCAGUUGCCGCGCAAGUCACCGCCCAACGGUCAAGAGGGCGCGGUAAAAAUACACGUCUACCUAACAAAAAGCCCCCGGAGAUGACCCGCUGGGCUCUGGCCGAGUCCCUCGUUGCUUUUCUAGUACGCAGCCAGUCGGGUGCAAGAAAGUUGUUCCAACACCAGAAGCAGUUUUAUGGUUUUUGGUAUGUGACUCACUUUUAACAGAUGGGUUUUAUUCUGAAACAGCAAUGACACCAUUAAUAUAGUCUGUUUUAAUCACCAUAGUGUCUAAAUACAGACUGCAGAUAUUACUCUUCAACCACAACUCAUUACUGACUUGACAAAAAUCCAAACGAAGAACCGUCAAACACAGUUGAUGCAUAAACACUGCCCUAUUUUUCUUUGCUCCUCUUUUUGGAUAAGCACAAUACCAGGAAGUCCCUUGGACGGCAGAAUGGGGAAAGUGCUCCUGACAGCUGUCUUUUCUCAUCCCGCUUGUUAUUGUUACUGCUGCUAGCUGCUGCAACACACACACACACACACACACACGCACACACCGUUGCUAGGCUAUAAAACACCAACGGUCGCAACCCUGAGGCAUUUACGUGCUCGCUGCCGGAGCAGAGAAUACAUGGCGGUGUGUGCGCUGCUCUGUGAGGCCCGGCCAUUCUCAAAGGUUAUCUCCUCAAACUACAGCACCGUGUCAAGUCGGGCUAGAUAAAUGUGUCGGCUCUGACGUUUGGCCAAGCCAAGCCAGAGCCUGUUGAUAAAGGCUUCAGUGCUGCAACAGUCACGAUUCAUCUAAGGCGUGCCUCAUCAAACCAGAUCCAUUUUUAAGUAGUAGGAAAUCCAGUUUUCCGAUUUAGUUUUUAGCUCCCAGGUUCAUCAUUUUCAAAUCCAAGGUUACACAACUACCAAUUCCCCAUUUGACCUCAAAGCAAACCCAGAUACUAGAAGAGUCCUGUCAGAUGUUAAAGCGCGUGAGGUGGGAGCGGUGAGAGGAAGCCCCUACAUGAAAUACCGUAAGCAAGAACGCAAAGUAGAAAACCGCAGAUCUCUAGCAUUCACUUGAGAUUUCAACUAAACGCACUCUCCUCCUGCUGCUAACGAUCGCAGCAGAGCAGGACUUUCUUUUUUUUGGUAACAGCCUCACGCCUCCUUUGUGUCACUCUUGAUUGUAAUUCAUGGUGUACAUUCAUGUGCAACGUUGUUCACGAGAAACACGACUCCUGAAUGCCAUGUUAAACAUACA